GGUGCUGCACUUCACAUCUCAAUGCUUAGAUAUUGUAACUCAGCUCCUGCCUUCUCAAGGUGAAGAUGUCUAACAAGGAUCAUUCCUGCGUUUCUGUAUGGACUUGGUUUUUCCCUCCCUAAAAUGGAUUGGAUCCUGCCUUGCCUGUCAACCAUGUCAGAAGGGGACAGUAUUGGUGAGUCUGUUCAUGGAAAGCCUUCUGUGGUCUAUAGAUUUUUCUCAAGACUUGGACAGAUCUACCAAUCCUGGUUAGACAAAUCUACUCCGUAUACUGCAGUGCGAUGGAUUGUAACUUUGGGUCUGAGUUUUAUCUACAUGAUUAGAGUUUAUUUACUGCAGGGCUGGUACAUUGUGACAUAUGCCUUGGGAAUCUACCAUCUAAAUCUCUUCAUAGCUUUCUUGUCGCCAAAGGUAGACCCCUCUUUAAUGGAAGAUUCAGAUGAUGGUCCUUCCUUGCCUACGAGGCAAAACGAAGAAUUUCGGCCUUUCAUUAGAAGGCUUCCAGAGUUUAAAUUCUGGCACUCUGCCACUAAAGGAAUCCUGGUUGCUAUGGCAUGUACGUUCUUCGAGGCUUUCAACGUUCCUGUUUUUUGGCCAAUCCUUGUGAUGUACUUCAUUAUGCUAUUUUGUAUCACUAUGAAGAGGCAAAUCAAGCACAUGAUAAAGUACAGAUAUAUACCCUUCACACAUGGCAAGAGGAAAUACAAAGGGAAAGAAGACGUGGGAAAGACCUUUGCUAGCUAGAAGAUGCAAUCGACCUGUUGACCAAUUCUACUUCUAACUAAAGGAACGAUUUUGAGCCAUUGUAACAAUGCCUUUUUUCUUCAUAAAAAAUGAUUAACAGA